AUAGGUUUUAAUGCUGAUAUCUUGGAUGACUCCUACAUGGGUUAGUUCUGCACCUAGGCAACCCAGACUUAGUCUAGCAGAGCCGAUGCCUAGCUACUUUUACAACAAUAUUGAUGGUUACCCAGGCACAUACGCGUUCGGCUACGACGUAUUAGACGCAGCCACCGGCAACACCCAGUACCGGAAUGAGGAGCGGUACCCCAACGGUACCGUAGUGGGCAGCUACGGGUACCUGGACUCGGCGGGCCGGGCCCAUCGGUACAGAUAUGUGGCUGAUGAGAAAGGAUACAGGGUAAUGAAAGAUCGCCCCAAUCCUUACACAGCACCAAUAGUCAACCCUAACGCCAUCGUGAAUACCGAUGAAGAUACAGUCACUUGGAAGAGGAAGAAACCACACCGUGCCACAGCAAAGCCUGAAAUAAGGAGAAACAAUGUCAUUUCAUUUCCGGGUCAAUAUUUUAUUUAGCUUCU